UUUUUUUUAACCCUUGCAUUUCUUGUUCAGAACCCUAGCUUAGUUUCUUAACAGUACCAGUUGUCCUCGACAUACUCCAAUAUGUUUUCAUAAACCCUCUCAAAAUCUCGACAAGAAUGCACUCCAUAGCCGUAAAAAUGCACAGUAAAACCCUAAUCAGACUCCUCAACUUCACGUCAAAACCCAUUUCUCGUUCUCUUUGUACCGCCUCCACAACCUCCUCCGUCUCCGAAACUCAAACGCAGAAACUCGAGCGCAUCGCCGAUCAGCUCCUUGAUCUCAAUAAGAUCGAGAGGCAUGACUACGCAGUUCUCUUUCGGCACAAAAUGGGCUUCCAUCGCCAUUCCCCCGCUCUCUCUGGUGCCGUUUUAUCCGGCUCAGCUGCCGCUGGAUCCGGGCCGGCUGCUGCCAAGCCGGCGGAGGAGAAGACAGCAUUCGAUAUUAAGCUGGAAAAGUUCGAUGCCGCAGCGAAGAUCAAGAUUAUAAAAGAAGUUAGGACCUUUACAGAUUUGGGUUUAAAGGAGGCUAAGGACUUAGUAGAGAAAGUGCCUGUCGUUUUGAAGAAGGGAGUCACUAAAGAGGAGGCAAAUCCCAUUAUUGAGAAGCUCAAAGAAUUAGGAGCUACUGUGGUACUGGAAUGAAUUUCUUGCUCUCCUCCUCUCUUUUUUAUUAAAUGUUUUUGUAAUUUUUUGUUCCGAUGUAGAAUAACAGAAUCUCUCUAGCAUAGUUGAAAAAUGGAAAUCAUCAUUGGAGAUAAGAUUGAUUAAACUGUUCUCCUCAAAUGGUUUUUUUUUUUUUAAUUGCUGAGGAUGUUAAAAUUUUAAUCUUUUGGUACAUACGUGAUUAACUGCUUCAUGUUUAGUUUUGGUAUUGACUGGUAAUGAGAAUUGGCAUUUAAUAUC